CAACAAGUAGUGAUAUUUCGCAAUGUUCUUUUGCUAGGCUAGCACUGCACAGUAUAAUGGAUAUUCGUAUUUGCUAUUUGUAAUCAAUGCAGUAGAGUAUCCUUAUCAUGUUUUAUACGGAAUGUAAGGUAAAGCUGGCAUAAAGUGGAGGUUUUUCCCAUACGGGCGUUCUAAUUCAAGCAAAAAAUAUGAUUUGCCAUCUCAUGGAGACUGUUUAGAUAUCAUAUCAAGUACCUAAUUAUAUCUGCUCAUACAAUUAAUACCGGCUGUUCACGUUGGAAUGCAGUUAUCUAGAUCAUAUCAAUCGGAAAUCUGUAAAAAUAAGUUAUACGUGUCGGCGAUGCAGUACGUCUCAACAAAAGGUUUUCUAUAACAGAUGUAAUUUACUAGCGCACAUAAGAUCCCAUUCUUUCAAAACUGCGACUAUCAACUGUUCAGAUUUGAUGAUUGAACCACUGCCCAUGAGCUUCUUCAAAAUAAGUGAAGCAUUACAACCACAAAAUGCCCAAUCCGGAAAAACAAAAGAGCCAGCGACCCGCACUAUGUGUGUUGAGUGUAAUGAAGAUAUAACCACUUCUAAUGGAUCUGCAAACAAAGACCGUGCUAUUCAUUACAUGAAAUACACAAUAAGUUUCCAUUCUUGUCCAGUUUGCUUACUAACAAUGCCCACAAUUUGUGCGCUCAAAUCUCAUUUACGUGUUCAUCUUAAAAACCCACCUUAUUAUUGCCCUGAAUGUGGAAAUCAAUUACCCAAUAAAAUUGAAAAUUACCCAUUCAACCACGGUUGUGAGGGCUUCAACAUGAUGAGGGCUACAGUAAGAUUAGAAUGUUCUGUCCCCAAAUGUCAGUCAAGCCUUUUUCAUCCUCAUGACUAUAAGAAACACCUGAGAACUAAUCACAUGAAAAAAGUUUUUAAAUGUCCACAUUGUGUAGUUGCUUGCUUCAGUGAGGCAACUAUUUCCAAACAUUUAGAAAUUCACCAACCUCAACAAACUACCAAUAUUAAUAACAUAUUGUUAUUUUAUCAAUGUGAUAUGUGUCCAGGCAGAUUAGUUCUCCAGAGCCACUUAGAGAGCCAUAUUACAACACAUAUUAAUACUAACGUUUACCCGUGCUGGACUUGUGGCACCCGAUACAAAAGUAUUCCUCUUCUUGUGGAGCAUCAUAUCAAUCAACACGUGACAUCCAAUAAUGCUAUGGCGGAUAAAUUAAAAAAAGCGUUAAAAACAUCCAUAGUAAAAUGUAAAAAUAAUGCAAAGUCUAUUGCACCAAAUAUUUUCCGUGUUGUUAAGAGAUGUGAUCUAUGUUUGAGGAGUUUUACUUAUAAAUGUAAUUUUGAAGAUAUCGGAAUAUUGCCUAAUUCUUGUCCAUAUAAAUGUAGCUCUUCCUCGCAAUCUUUAUUAAAAAGAGCUCAUAAGAAAAUGUCGACUAAUAUAAUGUGCCCUUUAUGUCAAGAAAGAAUAAACGAAAACUGGCAAGAUGUUAAAACACAUUUUGCUUUGUAUCACAAAAAUCAUAAAUGCUUGGAUGGUAAAGUAUCAUUGCUAAAAAUUGAUAUUAAAAUUAAGAAAAAACGGAACAGAAAGCGAAAAAAUAUCACAGCUACCAAAAAUCGAAGAAUCAGAAAGAGGAAUAAAAUAAAUCACGACGAACCAAAAAAGGGUAUCACAAAAAAUGAGAAUAAUAAAGAUUCUGUAGGUGCAGUGAAUUCUGAUCUGAUUUGUAUUAAAUGUCAAUGUAAGUGCAAAUCAAAAGAAGAUUUAGAGGGUCAUAUCAAAAGUCACAGAGAUCCUUGUAUGGCAUAUCAGUGUUUGGAAUGUUGUGAAUGUUUUGUGGUAAAACCAUCAUUUACGACUCAUCUGUUGUUAAAACAUGGAAUAACUGAUGUUGAUGAUUACAUCGAGAAGAAACAGUGUUACAAUAAUGAUGCUUUAAAUAUUCAACAAGAUCCAAAUUGUGAUAUGCCUGUUGAAGAAAAUCAAUGUAGAAUAUGUAGGGAGAGGCACAGGCAUUCAAAUACAUGUCCCAUAGAUUAUUAA